AUGAGCAGCCACCGCAAAAACUUCCGCCGCCGCACAGACGACGACGACGGGGGCGCCACCAAGGGCGACGACGCGGGGCCCCCGAGCCGUCCCGCGGCCGCCAAGGCGCAGACCCCGCCGGCGCCGCGGCCCAGGUCCCAGAGCGCGAGCCGCCUCAGCUUCGCGGGCGACGAGGACGAGGACGACGCGGAGGAGGGGCCCUUCGCGCAGCAGCAGCGCCGCCGCCCGUCGGCCUCCGUGCGGGCGGCCAGCGCGGCCUCGCCGGCGGCGCCGGCGCUCCACCGCGUCACGCCCGCCAGGGACCGGGCCAGGGCCUCGCCGGCCGUCGCGGCGGCGCCCAAGCCGUCCAACUUCCAGUCGCACGCUGGGGAGUACACCCCCGAGCGGCUCAGGGAGCUCCAGAAGAACACGCGCCCGCUCCAUGGGCGAGCGCCUGCUCCCGUGGCGCAGCACCGGUUGGCUGGAGCUACAGCCAGUACCUCGUCUGCUCCUGUGGCCGCUGCUACCAUUGAGCCGGGGGUUGUUCUCAAAGGUCUGGUGAAACCUAUGGCGCAGGCGAGCAUUGGACCACGGAAACCGUUGCAGAACGCAGUCGAAAGCGACGAGUCUGGGGAGGAUGAGGAAGACGACGAGGAGAAAGGGGCAGCGAUACCUGACAAGGCGACGAUUGACGCCAUCCGGGCGAAGCGGCAGCAGCGGCAACAGCCGAGGCAUGCGGCGCCAGAUUUCAUCUCCCUUGAUGGCGGCGGUGUACUCAGCAGCAGGGAUGCUGCUGGCGUGUCCAGCGAUGAAGACGACACUGAGAUGCAGGGUAGGAUUGCGAUGUAUAGUGAGAAGUCGGGUGAUGGCCAGAGGAGCUCGAAAGGAGUGUUUCAGGGGAUCAAUAACAGGGGUCCAGCUGCUAGUUUGGGGGUUAUCAACGAUGGGUUUAUGGAGGUUCAGGAUGAUGGGGAUGACGAUGAUGAGGAGGAGGAACAGAGGAAGUGGGAGGAGGAGCAGGUCAAGAAGGCGCUUGGCUCUUCUGCCCAAAGAGCGGUGAAUGGUGCACCUGCUCCGAUGCAGGUUCAGCAGCAGCCAUCUGGAUACUCAGCAGGUCCCCAUUAUCAGCCUUCCUUUAGCGGGGCUGUGCCUGGGGCAUCUGUUUUUGCACCGGGUAGUGCGGAGUUCUUGUCCAUCUCUCAGCAAGCUGAUGUAGCAAGCAAAGCGCUGCUGGAGAACAUCAGGAAGCUCAAGGAGACCCACAAGACAACAGUUGAUGCUUUAGCGAGGACCGGCACACAUCUGAAUGAAGCCCUUUCAGAGAUAUCUAGCCUGGAGAGUGGUCUGCAGGAUGCAGAGAAGAAGUUUGUGUACAUGCAGGAGCUCCGAAAUUAUGUGUCUGUGAUGUGUGAUUUCUUGAAUGACAAGGCAUUCUUCAUCGAGGAGUUGGAGGAGCACAUGCAAAAAUUGCAUGAAAACCGAGCAUUGGCCGUUUCUGAGAGGCGGGCAGCCGACCUAGCUGAUGAAUCCAGUGUGAUCGAAGCUGCGGUGAAUGCAGCAGUAUCUGUUCUUAGCAAAGGAUCAAGCUCAAAUAACCUGUCUGCUGCAUCGCUUGCUGCACAAGCAGCAGCAACUGCUGCUAAGGAGAGCGCAAACCUACCACCAGAGCUCGAUGAGUUUGGCAGAGAUAUCAAUCUCCAGAAGCGUAUGGAUCUUAAGCGCAGAGAAGAGAACAGGAUGCGAAGAAAAGCGCGGUCAGAAUCCAAAAGACAGUCAUCUGCAGGAAAGAGUGGUAACAGUGACCAUGUUGAAGGUGAGAUUAGCACUGAUGAGAGUGACACUGACAGCGGUGCUUAUCUGUCCAGCCGUGAUGAAUUGCUCAAGACUGCUGAUCUUGUAUUCAGUGAUGCUGCAGAGGAAUACUCGAGCCUUACAAUUGUCAAGGACAAGUUUGAAGGGUGGAAAACUCAGUAUCCUUUGGCCUACCGAGAUGCUCAUGUAGCACUGAGUGUACCAUCUGUGUUCACCCCUUAUGUGAGGCUGGAGCUUCUGAAGUGGGAUCCUCUCCAUAAAACAACCGACUUCUUUGACAUGGACUGGCCUAACAUUCUCGUGGAUUAUGAUGUGCAAGAUAUUGAUCCUAAUGAUUCAGAUAUAAACCUUGUUGGAAUUCUAGCCGAAAAGGUGGCCCUUCCUAUUUUGCACCACCGUAUUAUGCACUGUUGGGAUGUUUUGAGCACUCAAGGGACACAGAAGGCUGUGGAUGCAAUUUUUAUGUUGAUUACCUAUGUACCGGCCUCGAGCAAGGCUCUGCAUCAACUGCUGGCUUCCGUGUGUAAGCGUCUGACUGAGGCAGUUGGUGAUGUCUCAGUACCGGCUUGGGGGUCAAUGCUGACAAGGACUGUACCAGGUGCUGUGCAGUAUGCUGCAUAUAGAUUCGGGGUUGCCACACGCCUUCUUAGAAAUGUGUGUCUGUGGAAAAAGGUCCUUGCAGCAAACGUUUUGGAGAAACUUGCUAUAGAAGAGCUAUUGGUCGGAAAGAUUCUUCCUCACAUGAAGAGCAUAAUAUUGGAUGUCCACGAUGCAAUCACUAGGGCUGAACGGAUCGCUGCAUCACUUUCAGGAGUUGGGUCUUCGCCAAGUGAGAAGCUGAAGCCUUUCAAAGAUCUUGUGGUGGAAAUAUCAAGGAAAGUGGAGCAGAGACGCAGGGCAGGCAUUAGCGAUGAGGAGAUUCGUGGAAUGGCUCGUCGUUUGAUGAACAUAUUUGUAGCACUCAACGACUACGAUAGAGCUAGAGAUAUUAGGAAGACCUUUGAACUCAAAGAAGCUCUCUAGCUUUCCCUUGUAGUUCAAGAUUCCAUUUUUGAGUUUUGACAGCGGCAGGUUCUGUAUCAUUUCAGUUUUACGAGAGUGUUGUAACGCCUGAUUACCUGUACAUCGAAUGGUCAUGAGUACCUAGUUCAAUCUUGCCUGUUGGUAUCCAAGCAAUUUGUAUGGUGCCUUGGAUUUCA